UAUAAAUUAUAUUUCUGCUAACUAAGAACGAGUGUUUUAAAAUUAGUCUAUUUUGUGACAUGCUUGUCACUGACGAGCCCAGUGAAGCUAGUUCACUGGGAAAGCUCUAGAAACGUGUUGCUUUGGCAUUUUAUCUCAAAUAAUGCCAGUCAGACAUUCAUACGACUCUUAGGGGUCACUGUACGUCCGUGUGUCCAUGUGUCUUGUCCAAUUCAGCAAGUAGAUGGCGUCUUCGCAUAACACAGGCGCCCCAUCCCUCCUGAAGAUAGCUGAGUCACAUCUCCACGCGCGCUCAGACACUUCCCAGGCUGUAUUUCGCGGGGUCUCGCGCUCAAACACAAUGCUGACGAUCACUCUGAAGACCCUCCAGCAGCAGACGUUCAAAGUACAGAUAGACGAAGAGCUGACGGUAAAGGCUCUUAAAGAGAAGAUAGAGGAAGAAAAGGGGCAAGAUGCUUUUCCAGCUGUCGGUCAAAAACUAAUCUAUGCAGGCAAAAUUUUGAAUGACGAUAUAGCUCUAAAAGAAUAUAAGAUAGAUGAGAAGAACUUUGUCGUGGUGAUGGUUACAAAGCCCAAACCUGCAGCAUCUCCACAAGCUCCUGCUCCUACGCCGGCAGCUGCCGCUACCGUUAGCGCAACUGUCGACGAAACCCCUGCACAUCCGCCUUCAACUCCUGCUGCGCCUCCUGCUGUCUCCACAGUGCCUGUAUCGACCCCCACUCCCGCUCCCAUAGAACCAGCGGCAUCGGCGGAGCCGCCCGCGCCGCCCAUCACAGCGCCCCCUGCUGCCUCGGAGGCUGCUGCGGAAAAGCCUGAGCCUGUUAGCACGACUCACGCUCCGAUCUCAGAAGAGGAGAACCAGGAAGCCCAAGAGGAGCAGGCCAUCGCCCAAUCAGAGGCCAGCAUUACAGAUGAUUUGGGUAUUUUAGAAGCAGCUGCGUCCAUACUAGUUACAGGUCAAGCGUAUGAAAAUUUGGUGACAGAAAUCAUGUCAAUGGGUUAUGAGAGAGAACAGGUGAUUGCCGCCUUACGAGCAAGUUUUAACAAUCCGGACAGAGCCGUGGAGUAUCUGCUUAUGGGUAUUCCCACAGAAUCCGAGCAGCCGCCGCAGGAAGUAGUGCGGCCCACGCCGGUGUCUAACCCCACCCCUCCAGCACCACAGCGACCUCAGCCGCCGCCCGCUGCAGCCGGUGCGGAGUCGGGAGCGGCGCAGGCCUCGGCGAACCCGCUGGAGUUCCUGAGGAACCAGCCACAGUUUCAGCAGAUGCGUCAGAUCAUCCAGCAGAACCCGGCGCUGCUGCCAGCGCUCCUGCAGCAGCUCGGUCGAGAUAACCCGCAGCUCCUGCAGCAAAUCACGCAGCAUCAGGAGCGAUUCGUGCAAAUGUUGAACGAGCCGCACGUAGGCGAGGCCGGAGCCGCUGAAGCUCCCAGCGCACCACAGACCAACUACAUCCAGGUCACGCCACAGGAGAAGGAGGCCAUUGAGAGGUUAAAAGCUCUGGGGUUUCCAGAGGGACUCGUCAUCCAAGCCUACUUCGCCUGCGAGAAGAACGAAAACCUCGCCGCAAACUUCCUGCUCCAGCAGAACUUUGACGAUGAGUGAACGUUAACCAUUUAGACGCGACGACACUCGGAGGACGGCAACGGAGAGAAUGCAAGCGCUAGGCCGCAUGUUGCGCGCGUGUGUGUGUGAAUGUGUGCGUUAAAGCGAAUAGAACGUCGACUGGUCUUCCAUGAGGAUUUUCAUGGAGUUUAAACUGAAGCCAUGAUGUGACGUUAUUAUCAGCACAGCUAAUUUUUUUUUCGAUAGAUAUAGCCGAUCCUUUACGACGAGGUGUACGUUGUCUGUCUGGUUUCUGCUGCUAUCUCUGCUGUGUGCGUCGAGUGAGGUUUUAUUUAUCAGUUAAAACCCUGCCAAAAAAAACCUCUCAAGGUCAUCGCUCAUUUCUCGCAAUUGUUUUUCAGUAUUAAUAAUGAGACGUUUCAGUCGAAGUAGAUGCCAAAUUUAAUUUGUAGCCAAUGAAAACAAGCCUUUGAUGGAUAGACAUGUGUCUUUUCAACACGUUGUACCAUUUUUUGUUGCGUUUUCUCCACUGGAACAUUUUUGGAAAUAUUUCAAAUUAAAUAUGGUGUCUACUUG